AUGGCGGUUUGUCAACAGGAUGCUGAAACCUCCGAUCCUGAGCGGACGGCUUUGUCACAGACUCCAAAAUGGUUCUUUCACACAUAUAGCAGUAGGUCUUGGGCGUAUCGGCUAUCGGUUUUAGCCCGUGGUGCCGUGGUGAAAGCAGUGCCGUGGUGCCGUGGUUAUAGUGAUUGGUUCUAUGUGAUGAGGUUCGCGGCCUGCUGGGCUGCCGAGCUGGUGACGGUGGCUUUGCUGGGCCUCGAGGUGUCUGACUCGCCACCGAAAGGCUGCACCGGGGGCCAGGUGCCCCGAACUGAGCCCUUGUGGGCAUUUUGCUUAGCCUUGAGGCCGUUUCUGCCAGCCUUUCAGCAGUCGAUCGCAGAACAGGCGAAAUCCGGCCGCGAAAGCUUUUGGGCACACUACGAUGCACAGGGUGGCUAUGGUUGGGGCUAUCCGCCAAUGAUGAUGAUGAUGCCCUGGGGCAAGGGCAAGGGCAAGGGCCUACGUGGCUUUGCGAACGAGAAGAAGGUGUGGAUUGGAGGUUUGCCUGCCGGGCCCACCAGCAUUGAGACCAACAAGAAGCUCAAGGAGCACAUGUCCCAGGCUGGUGAAUGCAUUUUUGCGGAGAUCAACAAGAACGGCAUCGCAGGUGCUGCAUUCAAGACACCGGAAGAGGUGCAGAAAGCUGUGGAAAGCCUCAAUGGUUCCAUCUUCGAAGGCCACACCCUUGAAGUUGACAUUUGGCAAAAGAAGACUCCUGAGACUGCACAGAGCUAG